AUGAGUUUUGAUGUUACUAAACAAACUGGUCAACCAAGAAAUUCCGGCGAAUGGUCCUUCUCUAAUCAUGCAUUGAAUCCAAAGGGUAACGAAUUUUCUUUCCUUCCUCCCAUACAAGGUUCAAUUGAUGAAGAUUCUAUUGAGUCUUCAAAGAAUGGAAGUGCUGAUUCGUUCCCAACGAUCAAUGAGCAAGCAAAAAGCAACACCAAUGAUCAAGGCGGAAAUGGACACAGAUUACCAUCUAUCAAAAUGUUGACAGAAUUACCACUUCAACAAACAACAUACACUGCAAAUUAUGUUCCAAUUAACUUGGAAGGGCAACAGUCAACAACUCCUCACAUUGGUAUUCCACCACCAUUGAAUAGUCCUUCAUGUUUGAAUUUAAGUGCCUGGUCCCUUAAUUCCCCAUCAAUGAAUGGAGGCAUUGCUUAUCCAUCCAAUAAUACUGGACCAGAUUCGUACUCAAUCUUGGGUGGAGCAGGCACUUCAAGAGUUCAUGGUCCUUCAAAUUUGUCACCAUAUGCUUUCAGGCCAAUUCCAACAAGUGCUGGUUUGCCAGGGUUUCCUUCCAUGAAUAACUCGCACAAUUAUGUUAGUAGUUCCACCAUCUCAACCUUCAAUAGCACCACUGCAAACUCUCAAUUCAAUUCAUUUGUAGACCAAGCACAACCUUCCAAGAGAAGAUCCAUUGAUGGUUAUGAGGCGUUCGAACCAUAUUCUAGUAGCUCAAGAACAAAGCGAUACUCCUUCUCCUCGUACAGUCCUCAGAUUCAAUCAAAAAAAACAAAUUCUGAUAAGAGAAGCUCUUCAGAGGAGGAUGAUACAAUUAUUCAAAGAAGAAGCAGUUUCAAAGAAAUUCCAAUUCAAUCCAUUGUCCAACACUUACAUCUCUCACAACGUGAUGCUGCAAAAAGUCUUGGUGUUAGUGUCAGUACUCUAAAGAGAAGAUUCUACAGUGUCAGAGAUCAGAUUGGAAUUGAAAAGUGGCCAACAAUUACCACAACCACAAUUCAAAGUUCUCAGCAAUCCCUUUCUAAUGUUUUAAUCAAAUAUCCCAUCAUCAAUCCAGUCCCAACCACAACCUCAACAACAUUAGAAACCUCCCAAACAAAUCCUCCUCUAAUAUUGCAAAAUGUAAAGGAAGAGGAUUCGUCAAGUUCCACAAAUGGAAUUUCUUCCUCUGCUUCGUGUGCACCUUUGCAAAACCAAUAA